ACAGCGGAGAGAGACACAGCGAGGAGGAACCGAGGAGCUGUUACCUGCGGUGUCUCCCCGUGGUCGUCGUCCUCUCCUCUCCCCCUCCUCGGUUGCUGACCGUUGGUACAGCCUCCCCCCUCCCCUCCCCUCUCUCCACGCUCCCGUGCCGGUAGCGAGAAACAGGAGGAGGAGGAGGAGAGGUGGUCGGGGGCGGAGGUGGUCGACCGGGACUAGACCCGUGAGAAGCUCCCUGCUUUCGGAAGGAGGGAUGUGAGAGGGAGAGAGGAGGCAGCCACAGGAAUCACCUCCUAUCGUGAAUGGCGCGGACGUACGCCAGCUCCGCAGCGCUUCGAGGACACCGGGGAUACGCGGCGACCCAACUUAACGGUCACUAACAUGGAUGCUGAUGUGCCUGCUGCUUUAGGCCGGCGGGGGAAAGAGGGGUUUUCUGACGCUUCUCCGGCAGCAACGCGACUCGUCUCUCAUUGGAUUUAAUCAUUUUAGAUAUAUAAAUAUUCCCUCUGAGUGUUGGAGCUGUUUUUCUUUGCGUGGGAGCUUCGCAGGGAGCGUUCUUGUUUUGCAAGAUGACAGAGGGGAGGCGAUGUCAGGUCCAUCUCCUUGACGACAGGAAGCUGGAACUCCUUGUACAGCCCAAGCUGAUGGCAAAGGAUUUGCUGGAUCUCGUGGCCUCUCACUUCAACCUCAAGGAGAAGGAGUACUUUGGAAUCGCAUACACAGACGAAACGGGCCAUUUUAGUUGGCUGCAGUUGGACCGCAGGGUAUUAGAACAUGAGUUUCCCAAGAAGUCUGGUCCUAUUGUCCUCUACUUUUGUGUCAGAUUCUACAUAGAGAGUAUAUCCUACCUGAAGGACAAUGCCACUAUUGAGCUUUUCUUUCUUAAUGCAAAGUCCAUCAUCUACAAGGAGCUUAUUGAGGUGGACAGUGAGAUUGUCUUUGAAUUGGCUUCCUAUAUUUUACAAGAGGCCAAAGGUGAUUUCACCAGUAAUGAUGCAACCAGGUCUGACCUGAAAAAGCUGCCUGCUCUGCCCACCCAGGCCCUAAAGGAGCACCCAUCCCUGGCCUACUGUGAAGACCGGGUCGUAGAGCAUUACAAGAAGCUCAACGGGCAGUCCAGAGGCCAAGCUAUUGUAAAUUAUAUGAGCAUUGUAGAGUCUCUGCCCACAUAUGGAGUGCAUUACUAUGCUGUUAAGGACAAGCAAGGGAUCCCUUGGUGGUUGGGUCUGAGCUAUAAAGGCAUCUUUCAGUAUGACCACCAGGACAAGAUCAAGCCCAGGAAGGUGUUCCAAUGGCGUCAGUUGGAGAACCUCUAUUUCCGAGAGAAGAAGUUUUCAGUGGAAGUUCAUGACCCCAGAAGUAGGGCGUCGGUGACAAGAAGGACGUUUGGUCACAGUGGCAUCGCUGUGCAUACGUGGUACGCCUGUCCCGCCCUCAUCAAGUCCAUCUGGGCCAUGGCCAUCAGCCAACACCAGUUCUACCUGGACCGCAAGCAGAGCAAGUCAAAGAUCCAUGCAGCUCGGAGUUUGAGUGAAAUUGCGAUAGACCUCACGGAAACAGGAACUCUGAAGACCUCCAAACUUGCCAACAUGGGCAGCAAGGGCAAGAUUAUCAGUGGCAGCAGUGGCAGUCUGCUCUCCUCAGGCUCUCAGGAAUCAGACAGCUCACAGACAGCUAAGAAGGACAUGCUGGCAGCACUAAGGGCCAGGCAGGAAGCUCUGGAGGAAACACUAAAACAGAGACUAGAGGAACUGAAGAGCAUCUGCAUCAGAGAGGCGGAACUGACAGGAAAGCUUCCGAAAGAAUAUCCUCUGGAUGUGGGAGAGGAGCCGCCCACAGUGAGAAGAAAGAUUGGUACAGCCUUCAAACUGGACGAGCAGAAAAUUCUUCCUAAGGGAGAGGAAGAGGAGCUGGAGCGGUUGGAGCGGGAGUUUGCCAUUCAGUCCCAGAUCACAGAGGCAGCCCGGCGUCUUGCCAGCGAUCCUCACGUCAGCAGUAAGAAGCUGAAGAAACAGAGGAAGACAUCUUAUCUGAAUGCACUGAAGAAGCUCCAGGAAAUUGAGAACUCUAUCAAUGAGUACCGGGUCCGCUCUGGAAAGAAACCUACGCAGAGAGCAUCGCUUAUCAUUGAAGAAGCCAAUAUUGGUUCUGAAGACAGCUCACUGUCCGACGCACUGGUUUUGGACGAUGAUGACCCGCAAGUUACAGGAACCCCCACCUUCUCUCCAGUAGCAUCACCUCACAAGGGCCUCCCUCCUCGGCCUCCAUCUCACAGUCGGCCCCCUCCACCACAGUCCCUGGACGGCCUGCGGCACCUGCACUACACACGCUUGGACUACGAUAAAUCACCCAUCAAACCCAAGAUCUGGAGUGAAUCGUCACUGGAUGAGCCCUAUGAAAAAGUCAAGAAACGCUCCUCUCACUCAAGUCACAGGCGUUUCCCAAGCUCUGGCAGUGCAGAAGCAGGGGGCAGUAACUCUCUGCAGAGCAGCCCCAUCCGGAGCCUCCCUCACUGGAACUCUCAGUCCAGCAUGCCGUCAACCCCGGACCUGAGGUCUAGGAACCCACACUAUGUACAUUCUACUCGGUCAGUGGACAUCAGUCCAACCCGUCUGCACAGUCUCGCUCAGCACUUUAGGAACCGUAGCUCCAGCCUCGAGUCCCAGGGUAAGCUGCUCACGUCCGACCCUGAAACACACCCACACACCCUGGGAACACUGGGCAGUCCUGACUUCUUCCUGGUCCCAGGACGCUCCAAUGGCUCUGACCCACUGGAUGACUGCUCAUCGUGCACCAGCCAAAGCAGCUCAGAGCAUUACUACCCCUCUGGUGGACCCCCUGGCAGCAACCCAAACUACUCUACUCUGGGAGAGGACUCACCUUCCAAAGCCAGGCAGAGGCAGAGGCAAAGGCACAGGUCUGCUGGAAACCUGGGUUCCUCUAACUCUGGCUCCAUGCCAAACCUGGCAGCUAAGAACGGCUCUGUUGGAGGAUCAGGCGGAGGCAGCAUGGGAGGGGGACACCACGGAGUUUACCUCCACAGCCAGAGCCAGCCCUCCUCUCAGUACCGCAUCAAGGAGUACCCGUUAUACGUGGAGGGCAGCCCCAACCCUGUUGUGGUGCGCAGCCUGGAGAGCGAUCAGGAGGGCCACUACAGCGUAAAGGCCCAGUUCAAGACAUCCAGCUCCUACACAGCCGGGGGACUGUACAAGGAGGCCUGGGGGGGAGAGGAAGGAGGAGAGGGAAGCGGCCGUCUCACGCCGUCGCGUUCUCAAAUCGUACGGACUCCAUCAUUGGGGCGAGAGGGUGGUGGAGGAGGAGGGGGGAGGGCAGCCGUGUCUGAAGAACUUCGAUGCUGGUACCAGAGGUCCUCAGGGAGCCUGAAGGACAGGAGUCAUUCACAUUCGGGGUCCAACUCCUCCGAGACAGGGUCACAGCAAGGCACUCUGGGACAUGGACGAGGGAGCAGAGUAGGGACACUUGCCAAGGGCUCACCAGCUGCAUCCCCUCACAGCCAGAGGAGUAUGACGCCCUCCAGUGAACAUGCAGCAACACCCACACCCCCCUGUAGCCCACAGCACAUCCUCAACUGGCAGAGCGGGUCUUUCAAUGACAGCUGUUUCCUCAGCAGCCCCCUGUGUUCAGAGCUGGCAGAUGUGCAGUGGUACGGACACGACAAGGCCAAACCUGGAACCCUGGUCUGAGACCUUCCUUUAGGAGCCUAGAAAAGUCCCGUGGCCCUCUCCUUCUGCCUCUCCACUGUUCCUCACUACUUCCCAUCGACAACCAACAACCUCAUCCUUAAAACCCUACAAAAUCCUGCCCCGACCGAUUGGUGGACUGGAUAUGAGCCUUCCUCCUCCUCCCUAUAUCCCACCCUUCAUCCAUUUCACCUCUUUCUUAUACCCCCUCCUCUAUCACAGCUCAGCCAGACAGGGACACACUCACUGGGCUCUGAUAAGGGCUGAUUUCAUCAGACAGACUGAGAAGUGCCACCUCAGCUGUUGAACAGUUGCCCUACAGCACCAAGGAGCUGCAUCUUUACUCACCCUCGACGGGACAAGGGGGAAGAAGCGAUGGGGAUAGAGAGCACAGAAACUCAAACUCAACAAAAAUAUAAACCAUCGCCCAUUCCAGGAUCUGUUUCAUAUCUCAUAUUCUAACAUUUGUGCAAAUCAGUACUGGAUUUGAGCCGCCAGUUUAUAACCCAUUCCCUGCCCUCAAACAAACUGUCGGUCUUCAUUACUCCAAUCAAUGUUGUUUGUCUUGUUUUUGGUUGUUCAUUUCUCCCUGCGUAAUUAUAAAUAAGAAAAGAUGACAACAACUUUUCAAAAAUCUGGAUUAACACACAUGACUCUUCUCAGUUUUAACCCACAACCAAAGACAACUACUGGAUUGACUGGUCACAUCUUAGGAAAAGCGGCUGUAUGAGAGGUGAAUUCACAGGAUGGUUUCUAGGACGCUGUCGAGAAUAUUUAUGAGGACUAUAGCAAUAACAAACAUUGUACAAGUCUAAGAACUGGUGUGUAAAUCCUGAGUGAACUGAAGCACAUGUUCUCUGCCUUGUGACGCCUGGAGUUGAGGCUCAUUAGUGCAUCUCAGGGAGAAUAUGGUGUUUUGGUUAUUGUGUUUGGCAUCAAUCUACGUUUUCUUCGUACGUCUCUGUUCUUGACAUGAUUUCUCUGUCCACAACAGUUUGUUUGGCUGCAUGGUGGUGGAUUAUGAACAGUGCUUGAGCCAGCACGUGCAGGGUCGUGUUGAAGCCUCAUCCUUUAACAUGACCACACACGAUCACAGUUACUGCAACGUUUCAUUCCACCUCUCCACAUCUUUCAUUUUCCACCCUGACAGUAGGAGAUGAUUGGCUGUUGACCUGCUGGCAUUACUUGUACUUUGACAUUGAGGCUGUUAAGUUAUAAAUCUCAACAGUGAAUCAUCUUUUUUUUAUGACUCCCGUCUCCUCUUGGUUUUAUUUAGCAGUUAACACCAUGCUGUGUGUAUGCGUCGCUCUGUAGCACUAUGUUUCCUCCUCUUUCUGUCCAUCUCUUCAGCAUAACAGCAGCAUCCUGACUGAACACAGUCUGAACUCAGUGCUGGACAGAUCACACGCUGGCUGUCAAAAUACUUUGCAUUUAGGGGCACACACGAGUACUACUAUAUUUGUGCCAAACAUGUUACACUUGUACUGUAUUCAACGCUGGAACAACAACUUGUUUGAGCUGUAGAUCCCUUCAAAUCCCCACAGUCUAAAAACAUUCUAUUAAACAGCAAGGCAGUAAGAUUAUACUUCACAUACAAUUUGGCUUCAGAUGAACUGUUAAGGAAUAAGUCAAUGAAACUUUGGUUUAAAGCACAACGUUAACAGUGUGUGUGAGGGCUGGAGCUACUACUGCUCAUUUUCAACUCUCAAUAUUUUAUUGAUGAGUUGUAUCAAGGUGCGUUCAGUAAGAGCCAACUAGUAGAGCUAGAACCACAGAUGAGGCGUUAAAUAAUCAUGUUUCAUUACAACACACAGAUUCAUUAAUAAUUAAUAAUACCCCAGUGUCAGGGCAGACGACAAGCCAUAAUAAGAAGUGAGAAAAAGCCUCUUGAGAUGGAGCGACUUAUUUUAUCUCACGUCCCAAACAACAAUCACAUAUUCAGAACAGGGUUAGAAAAGCACACCUGGUUUUGUACAAAGGAAGUUGAACUGUGCAUGUUCUCCCUGUCCCUGAACUGGUUUCCCUUCGCUCCCCAGAGUAAUGUUUACCCGUUGUUCCAUCUUUGCACCAUAUGUGAAGAUAAUGACAGAUAACAAUUCUGGAUUAAUCGUGUAUCAUACUUGGGAGCAUUGAUGCGCAUCUUCCUCUGUCCCUCACUGUGGUGUUUCCUUUAUGCACAGUUGUCGUAAUCUGCCACUUUCUAUUCUAUUUCCCAUAAGAAGGUUUAACUUCCAUGCAUGGCUGGUUUCCCGAGAGUUAUCCACCAACGUCUGCUCAGAUUUGUCUUUUACCCAGGAUUGGAACUAGCACUCACCAGUUACCAUUACUCUCAUCAGGAGCUUGGACUUUAGUGUAUUCAAAGUUGACCCAGCUUUUUUCACUGAGUCUGCGCUCAGACUUUUCCCAUGCAUGCCAUGCAGAUCCAUUGAUAACAAUCCGACUUCUUUACGCUAACAUUAGCACUUCUUGCUCCAUAGUGUCAGCACCCCCCCAUCCCCAGCCCCCAGAGGCACUCGUUCUGACCUUGUGCAAAUCUCUGACCUCAGAGCUCGAUGUGAUGAAGUGUGACGCCCCCUCUGUAGUUCCAAAACAGCCCAUGUUUUCUGUGCUCCAUUAAGAUGUUUGAGGUCCUUUCUAAUACUCCAAGAGAAGUGAACUAACUUUUAUCAGUCUUUUCCUGUAUGUGCGGAGGGGCACCGUAAGGUUUUGUGGGGUUUUUAACAUUGACAUUCAUUGUUUUAACAAUGUUCCAUUUUAUAUGAAUCAGUAUUGGGGUUUUUUUUUAGUUCUGACAUUGUAACGACCCUUUCAGGUGCUACAAAAUGACCAGUUACUGCUUUGUCACAUAGGAUCUAGACAUCUCUUCACUGUUAUCGAUAGAUUCAAUACCAGAUGUGCAAAAUGAAGCUUAUUUUAACAAACCGUUAAAUAGUAGAACACUUCCCCUCGCAGACAAUAGAGCAUGUAACUUGAUUUUAUCAGUUCUGUUCAACUGUAACAAUACAUUAAAGGUGUUGUAGGAAAAAAUGUGGAAUUGAUAAGAAAAAAAAACUGAAUUCCACAGUUAAUUUAUUCUUUUUUCUAUUAAAAAUUUGUAUAGUAACUUUACAUUUUUCAAAACUGUGUUGUUGGAAAUUGAUGAUGAAUUUUCAAGAUGAGAAGCCGUGGUGGUUCUUGAGAGUAAGAAAAAUAAAUUAUUGAUGA